AUGCAUUACCUUAAUCUUUUUCUCCCCCUCAGCCUCGCUGUCCUACCGCAGCAGGCCCAGGCCCAACAGACUCCAUGUCCUCUCUUGGGUGCCAUCUUUCCACCCGUCCAACACCCACUAAAAUCCACCAACUUCUCAAACACCAUCGCCAAUCUUACCACCACUUUCAAUGAUCUCGACAAAGAUGGCACCCUCGAUGGACUCAACACCACUUUCUAUGUCCAGGCCUUUUCCGCUUCAGACACUCUCUUCCACUAUAAAUACGUCCCUCAGGGUAUGAAAGGUUUCUUGACCUCUGGCACCCUCAACGAGAACACUGUUUUCCGCAUAGGCAGUAUUUCAAAGCUUCUUACCGUAUACACUCUACUUGUUGAGGUUGGCAUGAAGCGUAUGAAUGAUCCUGUCACCAAGUGGGUGCCUGAACUUGCCCGUGCUGCCAAGAAAAACAAGGGUGAUCCUACCCGUAAUGUCCAGUGGGACGAGGUCACCAUCGGACAACUUGCCGGGCAAAUGGCAGGAAUUAAUCGGGACUUCGGGCUCUUCGAUUUGGAGUCCAACUUCGAAUCCACUCACGAGGACCCUGAGAAAUAUGGUCUCCCCCUUCUUGUCAAAAACGAUUCACCAAAGUGCAGCAUUGCAGAACCUGCUCUAGGACCUUGCUCUCGCAAGCAGUUCUUUCAAGGCGUAACGGCCGAGACCUUUUUACCCAUCACAUCCACUGGAAACACUCCCGUGUACUCUAACAUUGCAUACCAGAUUCUUGCCUACGCACUUGAGAGUAUGACUGGAAAGUCUUUUGAAAAGUCUAUCAAAUCCUCGCUACUCAGCCCUCUCUCUAUGAAGCGCACAACCUUGGAGGCCCCAAAUGACAAGAAUAACGCCAUGAUCCCCGAGAAUGAGCUAGUCUCAUCGUGGAAUAUGACCUUGGGAGACGCCAGUCCCUACGGUGGCAUGUUUUCCACAAUUGCCGAUAUGACACGCCUCGGUCAAUCUAUCCUCAAGUCUUCAAUCCUUGAACCCGCCACCACCCGCUCCUGGCUUAAGCCUAUAUCCCAUACCUCGAAUGUCUACUUCUCCGUCGGCAUGCCUUGGGAGAUUCGCCGCAUGAAUCUCCCACUCGGCCGUGGUAAACGGGUCGUGGAUCUAUACACCAAGAACGGCGCCUUGGGACUUUACACUGCCAUCUUUGUCCUUUCUCCAGACCACGAAAUCGGUUACGUAGCACUUAUUGCUGGGCCUGGGCGUGAUAGUCUACUGGCCUAUCUUCCUGAAGUCCUCGCCGAGACACUGCUGCCAGCAGCUGAGGAUGCCGCCCGUGAAACGGCUGCUGCGCGAUUUGCAGGCUCGUUCAAGGGUCCGGAGAGUCAGAUUACGGUCGAGAUGGACGAUACUCUCGUGGUACGCAACUGGACUCGAGCGGGGGUCGAUGUAAUUGCAACUCAAACCGCGUUGCUGUAUCCAGGACUCGAUGUAUCAGUUGUGCUUCGGCUGUACCCGAUGGGACUGGAAGGGAACGGAAGAAUGUCCUUCAGAGUCAUCUUUGAGGUGAACGCAAUGGGUGGUUCCGAAGCAGAGUCAGAUGCAAAUACGACAGAUACAGGCGCUACUCCUUUCACUGGUGGCUGUUUGUCAUGGGGAGGCCUGGGCACGCUGAACUAUGGAAACAUUGGGCUUGAUGAUUUCGAGUUUGAGGUUGACCAAAGUGGUAAGGCAACUGGACUGAGUGCGAGAGCUAUGAGAGAAACUCUCAAGAAGGUUGAUUGA